GCCCCACACCCAGGUAUAGGUAUACACUGGUAGAAACAUAUACACAUGGUAUGAUCUCCCAACAGAGGGUACCAAACACCCAUCGUUAUUUAACUCAUAAAAUCCUGUCUCACAUUUUCUUUCUUCAGAGAUGCAGCAUGUGAGGACCUGUCCCCUAGACUGUGCUUCCAUCUACUACAAUGGAGUGAGGAGAUCAGGUCUAUACACUGUAGUGCCGUCAUUGGUAGGUGCACCUGUGGAGGUCUACUGUGAUAUGGACACAGAUGGUGAGUUACAUUCAAGGACACGAACAUACUGUAAAGGUUAGCUUAGCUGCAACUAUUUCAACCAAGUGGGCAAAGUUUUAAUAUCUGUGUUGGCAAGUGCAUGUUGUGUUUUGAGCAAGACAGUGAGUAAUAGUAAAGUAUUUGCUUUGUAGUUCUCAGCUGGGCAGAGGGAAACAUUAGGCAUGGCAUAUGAUUUCCUCACUACUUUUCUUUUUUUUUGCCUCAGGCGGUGGCUGGACUAUGAUUCAGCGGCGAGUCGAUGGCUCAGUGAGCUUUGACCGCACCUGGAGGGAUUACAGGGACGGUUUUGGUGACCUGCACUCAGAGUUCUGGCUGGGCAACGACCACAUACAUGACCUGAGCACCCAGGGAGACUAUAGCCUUCGCAUAGACCUGGAGGACUGGAGCCACAAGCACAGGCAUGCUCUCUAUCAAAGCUUCAGUGUGGAAAAUGAGGCGCAUCAGUAUCGUCUUCAUGUGUCAGGCUUCAGUGGCACGGUGCAGGACUCUUUCAGCUGGUACCAUGACAAGCAGGGCUUCAGCACACCAGACAGUGGCAACAUCUGUGCUGAGAUCUCCCACGGUGGUUGGUGGUACAACCAGUGCUUCUAUGCCAACCUUAAUGGCAUUUACUACAGGGGAGGCCAAUACACUCCCAAAGGCCAGGGACCCCUGGGUCCUGAUGGGAUUGUCUGGUACUCCUGGAGAGACUCUGAUUACUACUCCCUACGCAAAGUCAGCAUGAUGAUCCGUCCACGCAACUUCCGAGCUCGUUUUUCGCCCUGAACCACUGUCACCAUGACAACGGGUAGGAUGCAGAGACUGUGACAAUAGGGAUUACUUUUCACUUGGACACCAUAGUUAUGAUGACGGAGCCCACCUAUAAAGAAGUGAAUGUCAAAUGUUUUUUUUUUUUUAAAGAGUAAGUCUACAGAUAGUGGAAAUGGCAUCUCAAAAAUAUGGACUUAAGUUUGUUUCCAAAAAUAAAUUGUUCAAAUUGAGUCUUUUUGGGAUAUGGACAUUUGUCAUGCAGUAAUGGGAAGUUGGUGCUUCCUGAUUUUUCUACUUCUAUUUUGUACAUUUAGUUUGAAAAGUUAGCACUUUAAACACUAUUAGUAUCUCAGCCAAAAUAAAAAGGCAGAUCAUAUAUGAUUUGCUGAUAGACUCAAGGCUUGCACUGUCUGCAGGUGGCAUGUUUGUUGAAGGCUCUGCAAACUGUGUACAUGCCCUAUUUAUAAUAGCUCCAUUAUGCUAGUUUCCAUUAAUUCUGAUUUUAAUUGUGUAACUUUUUAUUCAAAUAUUAAGUGUAUUACUGCUAUUAAUCA